AUGGACACCUCCCCCUCUCAUGUGAGCGCCCCUACAUUAAACAGCAUCUAUAUGUCAGCGGCAUCUAGUUGCUAAGCAGACAGUCUGUGCAGCCCUCUGCCUUGCCAUGUCAGGCUCCAGUACUCCCAAGUGCCUGCCAUCCUCCGGACAGAAGUCUCUGCAAGACAUCAAGCAUCCAUUGAGCUGCUCCCCGGGGGCUGAAGAAGAGGCAGUGGACUUGGGGCUUGUUGUCAAUGACACCCCCAGCCCGGAGUUACCCCACACUGAUCCCAGCAGCAUAGCAGACAAGGACCUCAGUUUACCCAAUGGUACCCCAGCAGAUACUUCAAGUCCAGCAUCAUCAUCCUCGCUUCUAAACAGGCUACAGCUAGAUGAUGACAUGGAUGGAGAGACAAGGGACCUCUUUGUUACUGUUGAUGACCCAAAGAAGCAUGUGUGCACUAUGGAAACCUAUAUCACCUAUCGUAUUAUGACCAAGACAACAAGAGCGGAGUUUGACUUUCCUGACUAUUCUAUACGUCGAAGGUACCAGGACUUUGAUUGGUUGAGGAAUAAACUUGAAGAAACCCAGCCUACUCACUUCAUUCCCCCUCUUCCAGAGAAAUUUGUAGUGAAAGGUGUGGUUGACCGUUUUUCUGAAGAGUUUGUAGAGACCAGAAGAAGAGCCUUGGACAAGUUUCUUAAGAGGAUUGCAGACCAUCCAGUUCUCUCCUUUAAUGAGCACUUUCAUGUCUUUCUCACAUCUAAGGAUCUAAACAGUCACAAAAAACAGGGGGCCACCCUGCUUUCCAAGAUGGGAGAGUCUGUUCGAUAUGUCACAAGUGGAUACAAGCUCCGAAAUCGCCCUGUGGAGUUUUCAGCCAUAGUAGAGUAUUUGGACACAUUUGCACUAAAACUUGGAACUAUUGACAGGAUAGCACAACGCAUUAUUAAAGAGGAAGUAGAAUAUUUAGUGGAGCUUCGGGAGUAUGGUCCAGUCUAUUCUACCUGGAGUGCCCUUGAAGGAGAGCUAAGGGAGCCACUAGAGGGAGUGUCUGCCUGUGUUGGGAAUUGCAGCACAGCACUAGAAGAGCUGACAGAAGACAUGACCGAAGACUUCCUGCCAGUGCUCAGAGAGUAUAUCCUUUUUUAUCAAAACUGGAAGAAUGUACUAAAGAAAAGGGAUCAAGUGCAAGCAGAAUAUGAGGCCAAAAUGGAUGCUGCAGCCUUGAAAAGAGAAGAGAGGACUGGGGUGCCAACUGAAGUAGAAAAAUGCCAGGACAAAGUAGAAUGCUUCAAUGCAGACUUGAAGGCGGACAUGGAAAGGUGGCAGAAUAACAAGAGGCAAGAUUUUCGCCAGCUGCUUGUGGGAAUGGCUGAUAAAAACAUUCAAUAUUAUGAAAAGUGCCUUACUGCAUGGGAGUCCAUUAUACCGCUGUUGCAGGACAAACCAGAGCCUAAAUGAAGAGCGUCUAGCAUUAUGUUGGAACCUGUUGCACAAUUCCUCAUGCAGUGUGACUAACAACCUGAAGGACCCUUCACUUAUGUUGUUACAAAGCAAAUAUACCAAACUUUAACUUUUCUUAACCCUCAUUUCCCUUUUCUAAGUUUAUUAUGUGUGUUGACUGCUCUUCUAGAAAAUUCCUACAUGAAAAGCUGCUUUCAUUGAGCUGAUCUGAGAAGUGGCCUGGGCACAUUAUGAAACUCACACCAACCACUCCAGCCUGGAGGAGCUUUUUACUUGCGUAACACUAAGCAGAAGAGGCUUUACUUAUUACAACAAAAACCCACUGACGGCAUUUAAAGUCUCACAUCAGCAGCUGGCUACUUUUUUUUUUCACUGAGUGUAUUUCCAGAAAAAGGUUAUUUCUAUGCCGUUUACGUCUUUUUCUAUGUAUCUUUCAGAGGACUGGCAUCACUGAAUUUUGUGUACAGUCCUUUUUUUCUUUGCCUACCUUACCAGGGGUUCCUGAUGUUCGCAUGAACUGUGUUGGUGGCAUGAAGUUCCUGCUCGAUGUGCUUUAUUCUUUUCUCCAGAAUUUAAACAUGUUGCAACAUGUGGAUAUCUCAUCCCAUAGAACCAUAUUAGAGAGGGAGAGUUCUGUUUACACUGGGGCCUUAUCUGAAGCAGAUUAAAGGGAACAACUGAUCCAGAACUUAUUUUUUUUUGUUAAUGGUUUUGAUUGUCCAUGCAAAAAAGACAAAUUUAAAGUAAAUAUGUUUAUGACUUUUUUAAUAAA